AUGAACCUCCGCUCUACGUUCAAUUUGGCUGCUGCCUCGCCUCUGCGGCCAUCUUCUUCCGCAUGGGCUGCCGCGCUCGCCAGCUGCAAUUCGACAUCGAUGGCCCGCGCCUACGCCACGCGGGCGCGAAAGGGCGUGAGGAGCAGCAGCCCUACGUCGUAUCUGGGCGGCGGUCUGCCCUAUCUCACCCGUAAGUUGGAGCUCGAGGCUCAGCGCGAGCUCGAGCCCUUUGAUCCAUUCUCCAUCGCACUCAACAAAAUUGCCGACAAUCCUGGUGCCCACAAGAAGGCACGCAAGGUUGGUCGAGGUACGGGUUCGAGCAAGGGCAAGCAGUGUGGUCGGGGCACAAAGGGUCAGAAGGCCCGCGGUCGUGGCAAGGUGAGCCCAGGCUUCGAGGGUGGUCAGACGCCGCUCUACAAGCGUGUUCGUAAGCACGGCUUCACCAACGCCAUGUUCCGCUCCGAGUUCGUGGGUAUCAACCUGGGCCAGCUGCAGCAGUGGAUCGAUGCUGGCCGCCUGAGCCCCGAGGGCAAGAUCACGAUGGCCACCCUCCAGCAGUCGGGCCUUUCCUCCAAGCUCACCAAGUCCUACGAGAAGGGCAUCAAGUUGCUCGCUGGCGGAUCCGAAUUCUUUGCGGCCAAGCUGGACCUCGAGGUGUCGAAGGUCUCCCAGGCGGCUCGUGAGGCUAUCGAGAAGAACGGCGGCAGCGUGCAGGAGGUCUACUACCACCCGCGCCAGCUGCGCAUGGCUCUCCGCCACCCCGAGAAUCCUCUUCCUCCCCCGCAGGAGUACAGGACACGGCCCUGA